UCAAUUGAUCUGCCGAGCCUUCCCCGCCAUCGGCCUCUGUUCUGCUUAUAUUCUGCUCCUCCCCCUCCUCCUUCUUCUCAACCUACUCUUCACCGCUCACAAUGACGACAAAACAAUUUCCCACAAUCGUCGCUGUCCGGCCGUUUCUCAUCGACGGCCGCGGAAUAGGCGGCGACUACCACGACGUCGACCGUGGCCACUGGCUCAUAGACUCGCCAAUCGCAAACCCCAUGUCUGGCUACGAAGAGUACCGCAGCUCCCGCGUCUCCUGGGGCAUCAACGUCCUCGGCUCGUUCUGCAUCGAGAUCGAGGCCUCCGACGGCACAAAGGGUUUCGCAACCGGCUUUGGCGGCCCACCUGCCUGCUGGCUUGUCAAGCACCAUUUCGAGAGGUUCCUGCUCGGUGCAGAUCCUCGCGACUACAACGAGAUCUGGGACAAGAUGUUCCGCGGAAGCAUGUUUUACGGCCGCAAGGGCGUCACGGUCGCGUGCAUCUCCGUCAUCGAUCUCGCGCUUUGGGACUUGCUCGGCAAGAUCCGCAACGAGCCCGUCUACAAGAUGAUUGGCGGGGCCACCAAGAAAAAAAUCAACUUUUACUGCACCGGAAUCAGGCCCGACUGCGCAAAGAAGAUGGGCUUCUGGGGAGGCAAAGUUCCGCUCCCGUACGGCCCGGCCGAGGGACACGAGGGCCUGCGCAAGAACGUCGAGGCGCUGAGAAAGUACCGCGAGUCCGUCGGCCCGGACUUUCCAAUCAUGAUUGACUGCUACAUGGCUCUGAACGUGCCUUAUGCGAUCGAACUCGCAAACGCGCUCAGAGACCUAAACAUCAACUGGCUAGAGGAGGUCCUGCACCCCGACGACUUUGACGGCUUCGUGCAGCUCAAGGCGGCGUGUCCGUGGAUGAAAUGGACCACCGGCGAGCAUGAGUACACAAAGUACGGGUUCCGCAAGCUGAUUGAGAACCGCUGCGUCGACAUCAUCCAGCCGGAUGUUAUGUGGCUCGGCGGCAUGACCGAGCUCGUCAAAGUCGCAAACCAGGCGGCUGCUUAUGAUAUCCCCGUCGUCCCGCACGCCAGCGGACCUUACUCGUACCAUUUCGUCGCCUCGCAGCUCAACACGCCGUUCCAAGAGUACCUUGCCAACUCUCCGGACGCAACCUCGGUCCUGCCUGUCUUUGGCGGUCUGUUCUUGAACGAGCCGGUGCCCACCACUGGAGUGCUCGAUGUGUCUGUGCUGGACAAGCCUGGGUUUGGAUUGGAGGUCAAUCCUGCCGUGACAUUGAUUCCGGGUGACAUGAUCAUUGCGCCUGCGCCUGAAAAACCUCUUAAAGUCGAACAGAGGUCGUAGUGUUGCUGUAGUUUGAGAAGUUAAGUGUUUGAUUGCGAUGAUAAUAAACAACAGGUUAUCUGCCUCAGCAGAUAAGGAUAAGCCGCAGCCUCCUCCUCCCCUCCUCUUCCCCA